AUGGAACUAAACCAGCAAGUAUUUGAAAUGCUUAUUACACCUGAAGGCCGACUGAGAUCCCGGUGUUUGCUUCUCUCGCUUCUGCUCUUUGUAGCCUGGGAAGCCGGGAGCGGCCAGAUCCACUACUCCGUCCCGGAGGAGGCCAAACAUGGCACCUUCGUGGGCCGCAUCGCCCAGGACCUGGGGCUGGAGCUGGCGGAGCUGGUGCCGCGUCUGUUCCGGGUGGCGUCCAAAGGCCGCGGGGACCUUCUGGAGGUAAAUCUGCAGAAUGGCAUUUUGUUUGUGAAUUCUCGGAUCGACCGGGAGGAGCUGUGCGGGCGGAGCGCGGAGUGCAGCAUCCACCUGGAGGUGAUCGUGGACCGGCCGCUGCAGGUGUUCCAUGUGGAAGUGGAGGUGAAGGACAUUAACGACAACCCGCCUGUGUUCCCGGUAAAGGAACAAAGAGUGUUGAUUUCCGAAUCUAGGCUGCCAGAUUCGUUGUUUCCACUAGAGGGCGCGUCGGAUGCAGAUGUGGGCUCAAAUUCUGUCUUAACCUACAAGCUCAGUUCCAACGAAAACUUCGCGUUAGAUGUGAAAACAAACAGUGAUGACACUACACAAAUUGCGCUCGUGUUAAGGAAAUCGUUGGACAGAGAGGAAGCGCCCGAACAUAACUUAUUCCUCAUGGCCACUGACCAAGGCAAACCUGAGCUCACUGCCACUGUUCAGCUGCUGGUCACCGUACUGGAUGUGAAUGACAAUGCUCCCAGUUUUGGACAGUCUGAGUAUGAAGCAAAAAUAUUUGAAAAUUCAGAUAACGGAACAAUAGUUAUGAGACUGAAUGCUUCUGAUAGGGAUGAAGGAGCGAAUGGGGAGUUUUCAUACUCUUUUAAUAGUCUUGUUCCACCCAUGGUUAGUAACCAGUUUAGAAUAGAUCCAAAUACUGGAGAAAUAGUAAUUCAAGGGAAUUUAGAUUUUGAAAAUAUAAAUUUAUACAAAAUGCGUAUUGAUGCGACAGACAAAGGCCACCCUCCCAUGGCUGGUCAUUGCACCAUCUUGGUGAAAGUUUUGGAUAAAAAUGAUAAUGUUCCUCAGAUUGCACUGACUUCCUUAUCCUUGCCUGUCCGAGAGGACGCUCAUUUCGGCACUGUCAUUGCCCUAAUUAGCGUGUCCGAUCUCGACUCAGGUGCCAACGGGCAGGUGACCUGCUCUCUGACGCCCCAUGUUCCCUUCAAACUAGUGUCCACCUUCAAGAAUUACUAUUCAUUGGUUCUGGACAGCGCCUUGGAUCGCGAGAGUGUGUCGAACUAUGAGGUGGUGGUUACAGCGCGGGACGGGGGCUCGCCUUCCCUGUCGGCCACAGCCAGCGUGUCCGUGGAGGUGUCCGACGUGAACGACAACGCGCCUACGUUCGCGCAGCCCGAGUACACGGUGUUCGUGAAGGAGAACAACCCGCCCGGCUGCCACGUCUUCACGGUGUCGGCGCGGGACGCGGACGCGCAGGAGAACGCGCUGGUGUCCUACUCGCUGGUGGAGCGGCGGGUGGGCGAGCGAGCGCUGUCGAGCUACGUGUCGGUGCACGCGCAGAGCGGCAAGGUGUACGCGCUGCAGCCGCUGGACCACGAGGAGCUGGAGCUGCUGCAGUUCCAGGUGAGCGCGCGCGACGCGGGCGUGCCGCCUCUGGGCAGCAACGUGACGCUGCAGGUGUUCGUGCUGGACGAGAACGACAACGCGCCCGCGCUGCUGCUGCCCGGGCCGGGCGGCGGGGCGGGAGCGCUGAGCCAGCGGGUGGCUCGGUCGGUGGGCGCGGGCCACGUGGUGGCGAAGGUGCGCGCGGUGGACGCGGACUCGGGCUACAACGCGUGGCUGUCGUACGAGCUGCAGCCGGCGGCGGGUGGCGCGCACAGCCCGUUCCGCGUGGGGCUGUACACGGGCGAGAUCAGCACGACGCGCGCCCUGGACGAGGCGGACGCGCCGCGCCAGCGCCUGCUGGUGCUGGUGAAGGACCACGGCGAGCCGGCGCUGACGGCCACGGCCACCGUGCUGCUGUCGCUGGAGGACAGCGGCCAGGCGCCCAAGGCCUCUUCGCGGGCGUCGACGGGCGCCGCUGGCGCGGAGGCCGCUCUGGUGGAUGUGAACGUGUACCUGAUCAUCGCCAUCUGCGCGGUGUCCAGCCUGUUAGUGCUCACGCUGCUGCUGUACACGGCGCUGCGGUGCUCGGCGCCGCCCAGCGAGGGCGCGUGCGGGCCCGGGAAGCCCACGCUGGUGUGCUCCAGCGCGGUGGGGAGCUGGUCUUACUCGCAGCAGAGGCGGCAGCGGGUGUGCUCUGGGGAGGGGCCGCCCAAGGCAGAUCUCAUGGCCUUCAGCCCCAGCCUGCCUCCGUUCCCAGGUUCAGAGAACGCGGGCAAACUGCAAGAUGUUGAUCAUUGCACGGAGAAGCGAGUCACGAUGUUAACUUCAGGACCAGGGAGGCAGGAAGCCUGGCGCCUGCUGCUCUCGCUUCUGCUCCUCGCAGCAUGGGAGACGGGGAGCGGCCAGGUCCAUUAUUCGGUCUCUGAGGAAGCCAAACACGGCACCUUCGUGGGCCGCAUCGCCCAGGACCUGGGGCUGGAGCUGGUGGAGCUGGUGCCGCGCCUGUUCAGGGUGGCAUCCAAAGACCGCGGGGACUUUCUGGAGAUAAAUCUGCAGAAUGGCAUUUUGUUUGUGAAUUCUCGGAUCGACCGGGAGGAGCUGUGCCGGCGGAGCGCGGAGUGCAGCAUCCACCUGGAGGUGAUCGUGGACCGGCCGCUGCAGCUGUUUCAUGUGGAGGUGGAAAUAAAGGAUAUUAACGACAAUCCGCCUGUAUUCCCAGCGACACACAAAAAUCUCUUUAUUUCCGAAACUAGGCCUCUUGACUCUCAUUUUUCACUAGAGGGCGCCUCCGAUGCAGAUAUCGGGGCCAACGCUCUGCUGACUUACAGACUGAGCCCCAAUGAGUAUUUCUCUCUGGAAGUACCGACCAACGACGAGCAGGUAACACCGCUCGAACUAGUACUAAAAAAACCUUUAGACAGGGAAGUCACUUCAGAGCUUCUCUUGGUGCUCAAAGCAACGGAUGGGGGCAAACCUGAGCUGACAGGCACUGUAGAGUUAAACAUCACAGUGCUGGAUGUAAAUGACAACGCCCCAGUGUUUGACAAAGCAGUUUAUCGUAUAAAAUUACUGGAAAAUGCAAGAAACGGUACACUGGUUAUUAGACUUAACGCCUCGGAUUUGGACGAGGGUUCAAACGGCCACAUUCUUUAUUCCUUUGCAACUGAUGUCUCCUCUAAUACAGAAGCCUCUUUUCGCAUAGAUUCAAACAGUGGAGAAAUAAAAGUGAAUGGAAAAAUAGAUUUUGAAGAAAUUAAAUUAUGGAAACUUCAAAUAGAAGCAGUUGACAAAGGAAACCCCCCAAUGUUUGGUCACUGUACAGUCUGGGUCGAAAUCUUAGAUGCCAAUGAUAACGCCCCUGAAGUCACUGUGACGUCCCUGUCUCUUCCAGUGCGGGAGGACACUCAGCCAAGCACGGUCAUUGCGCUGAUCAGUGUAUCUGAUCGCGACUCUGGUGCCAACGGACAGGUGAUCUGUUCUCUAACGCCCAGCGUCCCCUUCAAGAUCGUGUCCACGUUCAAGAACUAUUACUCACUAGUGCUGGACAGCGCCCUGGACCGCGAGAGCGUGUCUGUCUAUAAAUUGGUGGUUACAGCGCGGGACGGGGGCUCGCCUUCGCUGUCGGUCACAGCCAGCGUGUACGUGGAGGUGUCCGACGUGAACGACAACGCGCCCGCGUUCCCGCAGCCCGAGUACACGGUGUUGGUGAAGGAGAACAACCCGCCCGGCUGCCACAUCUUCACGGUGUCGGCGCGGGACGCGGACGCGCAGGAGAACGCGCUGGUGUCCUACUCGCUGGUGGAGCGGCGGGUGGGCGAGCGAGCGCUGUCGAGCUACGUGUCGGUGCACGCGCAGAGCGGCAAGGUGUACGCGCUGCAGCCGCUGGACCACGAGGAGCUGGAGCUGUUGCAGUUCCAGGUGAGCGCGCGCGACGCGGGCGUGCCGCCUCUGGGCAGCAACGUGACGCUGCAGGUGUUCGUGCUGGACGAGAACGACAACGCGCCCGCGCUGCUGCUGCCCGGGCCGGGCGGCGGGGCGGGAGCGCUGAGCCAGCGGGUGGCUCGGUCGGUGGGCGCGGGCCACGUGGUGGCGAAGGUGCGCGCGGUGGACGCGGACUCGGGCUACAACGCGUGGCUGUCGUACGAGCUGCAGCCGGCGGCGGGUGGCGCGCACAGCCCGUUCCGCGUGGGGCUGUACACGGGCGAGAUCAGCACGACGCGCGCCCUGGACGAGGCGGACGCGCCGCGCCAGCGCCUGCUGGUGCUGGUGAAGGACCACGGCGAGCCGGCGCUGACGGCCACGGCCACCGUGCUGCUGUCGCUGGAGGACAGCGGCCAGGCGCCCAAGGUCUCUUCGCGGGCGUCGACGGGCGCCGCUGGCGCGGAGGCCGCUCUGGUGGACGUGAACGUGUACCUGAUCAUCGCCAUCUGCGCGGUGUCCAGCCUGUUGGUGCUCACGCUGCUGCUGUACACGGCGCUGCGGUGCUCGGCGCCGCCCAGCGAGGGCGCGUGCGGGCCCGGGAAGCCCACGCUGGUGUGCUCCAGCGCGGUGGGGAGCUGGUCUUACUCGCAGCAGAGGCGGCAGAGGGUGUGCUCUGGGGAGGGGCCACCCAAGGCGGACCUCAUGGCCUUCAGCCCCAGCCUUCCUCCGGGUCUGGAUAGAGAAGUCGGAGAGGAAAGGCAGGAGGCAGGAUCAAAUCACCCUGGGCAGCCCCGACAACCCAACCCUGACUGGCGUUACUCUGCCUCCCUGAGAGCAGGAAUGCACAGCUCUGUGCACCUGGAAGAGGCUGGCAUUCUACGAGCUGGUCCAGGAGGGCCUGAUCAGCAGUGGCCAACAGUAUCCAGUGCGACACCAGAACCAGAGGCAGGAGAGGUGUCCCCUCCAGUCGGUGCUGGUGUCAACAGCAACAGCUGGACCUUUAAAUACGGACCAGGCAACCCCAAACAAUCUGGUCCCGGUGAGUUGCCAGACAAAUUCAUUAUCCCAGGAUCUCCUGCAAUCAUCUCCAUCCGGCAGGAGCCUACUAACAGCCAAAUUGACAAAAGUGACUUCAUAACCUUCGGCAAAAAGGAGGAGACCAAGAAAAAGAAGAAAAAGAAGAAGGGUAACAAGACCCAGGAGAAAAAAGAGAAAGGGAACAGCACGACUGACAACAGUGACCAGUGAGGUCAUCUAAUGGAAACAAGCCACUUAGCCAGUUUUUGUAAUAAUGGCAAAUCUCUCCCAUGUAGCAACUCCCUACUCCUUUUUCCUAUCCACAUGAGCCCUUUCUUAUAGACCUCAGAAAUCUGCAGAAAGUUCCCUAUGUCUGUCUAGAUCACAUUUAACAAGUUUUGUCUUAAAAGCUUUACUAAGUCUGGUGUUAACUCUCUCUCUCCACUCUGGCUUGUUUUCAGAACCUAAAAAGCAGACCCAAGUCUCCUUUCUCCUCCGCCACAAAGGAGAGGCUUCCCAGCCCCGCCAGUGAGAGGUUGGACUCUCUGCCCUGUGCUCCGGGGAUCCUGUCUUGAUGACACUUUCAGGGCAGGCUGAAAGGUUUUGAGAUUGAGCAGCUUGAGUGUCUGUGGCCGCUGGGUAUGUGUGGCCACCGGGGAAUAUGUUGGCUGGGAUGGGCCAGAUUAGACUAGGAGGGCUGGGAAACAAAGGCAAAUCAACAGUGGGAAAUGUGAAACGAAAAGGUACCAGACUUCCUAAAUCUUACAGCUGAAGAGGCGGUGGCCACCCUCUAGCAGACAAAACUCCCCCCAUUGACAAGGCUUUAGGAAUCCCUAAGUCUCUUUCUUGGCUGUGGUGUCAUUAUACCUAAAACCUGCAUUUUACCUACAAGCCAAUAGUUCAAUGUUUAACAGGGGGCCAACCAGGGCAACAGAAGCAGAUCUGAUGUGUUUCCUGUAUAUGUCCUUGUGCUCACUUUAUUAAAAAUUCUUUUGCACACAAUGUUAUGAAAAGGUCAGAUUCUUUUCCGACAACACAUAUGCAAAAGCAAAAGAAAACCCCAGCACCUCACUUUAUGCUGUUUGUUGAUAGAUUUAUUUAAAAAAGAGAAAAUCUAUAACUAUAAAUCUUUAAAGAGAAAUAUGAUGAAUUCAAUUCCCCUAAACUAUCCUCGAAAGAGAAUUCAGUCUACAGCCAUUUAAAUGAUCAUUGCUGCUACAGAAGUGCUUUAAGAGAAUUGCCUGAAACAUCUGUGUUAUACCGGCCACCUGCCAAUCACAGCUUUACUCUUUCAGGUCACUCUGGGGCUGCCUCUUGCAUGUAUUAAUUACUAAAUAAAUGGAUCUUUCUCUCUCUGUUUUCUAAGAAACAAUUAUGUGCACUUUGAAUACACAACCUUCUCUAACCAACUAUAUCAAGACCCAGAAAUUGAAGAAAAAUGUUGUUUUCUCAUACAUACAGUGAGCAGACUUUCCAAUCCUCUAAUUCUGUGAUUUGUCUUGGUGUGAUCGCCAACACCUUCUCUUUGGUUUAGUUUUCCUUUUCUAUAACACUCUGAAUUGCUAAUCUUGCUAACACCUAUGAUGUUACCUGAGCUCAAUCUCCCAUAUGUAUGCUGUAUGCUAUUAUAAGACUCCUGAUAUAUAUUUACUCUGUGCUUGUGUAUGUGAAUGUUACUGCAACUAUUACCUAGAGUGAACUUUAAGCUUUAUUGUUGAAUGUAAUUCCAUUAUAUUUCCUUUUGUACACCUGUGAAAAAGUGCAGUAGAGUUUUUUUAACCAUUGUUAAUCAACUUUUGUGUAUGAAAGACACAGUAAAAUUUCUUUCUUAAAUCAAGAUACUGGUGAUUCAAGGAAUUUUAUUUAUGGUCAGCCAAGAGCUGUCUCUUGCUAAGACUCUUGCUGGCAAGGGAAUGGAUAAAGCUGUUUUUCUCUAGUAACAGUUCUGGAAUGCAUACUGAAGAUAUUUCCUGAGGGUGUGCAAGCACAAAAUUUACCAAUCUGACCUCUUUGAAGUCACAGAAUACUUUGAAAUUCUAACAAUAUCUGGAAUAUCAGCUCAUAGAGAAUAAUAAAAUUUACUGUCACCUUAAAUAAGAAAUUUUAAUUUGUUAAAAUGUACAAUUUAGAAGUUUGAUUAAUUAUAUUAUCUUUUAAAAGUUAACAUAAAAGAGGUAGGAGUCUGUUAUUAAAAGCAUUAAAUCUCAAAAAAAAACCCAAACAAACCUGUUUUUUCUACUUUUAGCUUCAUUCUCCCAUUUUUUGAAGGGUGUGUAACUUCGGCUCUGCAGGAUUGCAUGGGGUAAAACUUAUUGCUAACACAUGUGAACCAUUGCUACAUUGUAGGUUGUGAUCAUUUUGCCCCACUGAAACCCAUGUAUCUGACCUUACGUGCCUUUUGAAUACUAGGAGAAUCGGGCUAAUUUAUUAAUGAUGAUAAUUAUAAUGCAUCUGUACAGCACUUUUUACAUUUGCAAAGUGCUUUCCAAUCCAUGUUAGUUACUAGUUAUUACAGCUGUAAGGAUAAAACACGUCAUGUGGAUUCAUUUUUGAUUGGUACUAUUGGUAUUUCCUCUGUUAUUGCUAAUAAAUGGAAAA